ACAUUCAACACCAGUAGCGCUGCUAAUGUAGUUUCUUCUCCCAUUUUGUCGAUAUUUCACUGAUUCACUCACACUCUCACAUUGUUGAAAUAUCGUGUUUGGUUGAUCCAUGAUUCAUUCUUAGAAUAAUUUUGGUUUUAAUCUACAUCAGUUACAUAAAUUUUGUAUGCGAUAAGAGCAAACUUUGAAUUGUCCGUUCAGAUAACAUUUUUUUGACCUUAUGGCCAUCAGUGAAGACAUUGAUAGCGGAAUGGGGUCUUUAGUUGCGAGCAGCAAGGAUGUUACCCCCGAAAAACCUAAAUCUUUGCUAGAUAGUGACCCCGACGAUGAGGAUGUCGAAGAUGAAACUCUCGCAGAGAGAUUGUACGGGCUUACUGAAAUGUUCCCAGAAAAACUAGUCAGAAAUGUGGAAGCAUUAAUAUCAAAUACUGGGAAAAUGAUAAAAGUGUGCUACGACGGAUCGCGUACGCUGUCAUGGGUGGUGUUCAGUUCGGCGGUGAUCCUGCUCACUCCGGUCGUCAUCGAGUGCGAUCGCGCCCAAAUGGAGGAGGCACAGCGCAGCCAACAAAAGGGGGUGUUGCUUGGACCAAACGCAGCGAUGUCUGGCAACUCCGGGCGGGGCAUGACAAUUAUGCCGUCACGAUAAAUCCACACUCAGCCAUCAGCGAUUACUCGCAAACUUGUUCGUUUACUGAAAAUCAUAAAUACAGCAUAAAUUGGUUAUGUUAAUGGUGUUGAUCUAGGAGCAUCUGCUUUAUAUACUAUAAUUUCGUCAUUCAAUUUAGAUUUGCCACUCUAAAUUACGUAAUUUACUAGCGAAGAAAAUUAUUAAAUCAACUAUGAUAAAGAUUGUAGGGUUUGAUUUUUCUUAGCUUAGUACAAGGCAAGUAUGAAGCUUUCAAUUUAAUAGUUUUCCCGUUAUUUAUAGGAAAUUUGUCAUCACAGUAAAUUUAUUAAAUAUAUUAAAUUUAUUAUAGUUCCAGCUCAUUUAAUAUACUUUAGAGGUGUGAAGUAUUGUAAACUACGUUAAUACUACCAAAUAACUUUACUCAGAAGGUUUUAAGUAUUGGCAGGUAUCCAAUUAAGGUACACUGAAAAUACAUAUAUUUAUUAGUAAUCUAUCUGAAAUGCAGCUGUAGUGUUAUUUAUAAUUUUCAUCGUUUCAAAAUACUCAAUUCCGAAUAGGAUGUUUUGGAUAAUUUAUUGAGUCCUGAAUAGUACUUAUGAUAAUAAUUAACUCCAUUUAUCUUGUGAUUAUUUUAUGAUUUUCUUACGACCUUAAUGAACAAGUAGUUGAUUCGAUAGUAAAUUUGUUAGCAGUUUGUUAUAAUUAGGAUGUUUUGUUAUAUUGAUUUUUGUAUUAAUUUACUGUUUAUUGCCAGAGUUUUACUCCCAAAGAAUGUCUUGUGCAUUUACCAGCAAACAUGGAAAAUAAUACAAAUUUUCUGUUGAAGGUAUGAAAAGAUGUUCGUGAAUUGAAUUUUAUUAUGAUUGAACCUUUGAUUACCGUAAUAAACUAUAAAUAGGAUUAAUGAUAUUGUAGUUUGUAGAUGUGUUGUGCAAUGUAUGGUUUUGCAUAUUAUGAAUGUAUGUAUGUUGUAUGUAAUGUGGGAUGAGAUUAAUAAUAUUGAUAAACUAGAGUA